AUGGGUUCUCAAAACUUUCUCUCUGUGGUGGCCAAGAAUAUCGAUGUCCUUAUUGGGCCAGUGAUUGCUCUUGUUUACCCUUUAUAUGCUUCAAUCAAAGCUAUAGAGACCAGGUCUCAAACAGAUGAUCAACAAUGGCUAACUUAUUGGGUUCUUUACUCAUUAAUCACUCUCUUUGAACUUACAUUCUCAAAGCCACUUGAAUGGUUCCCAAUAUGGCCAUAUGCUAGGCUAUUUGCCACAUGUUGGUUAGUACUUCCUUAUUUCAAUGGAGCUGCUUAUGUCUAUAAGCAUUUCAUCAGACCAUUUUACAGAAAUCCACAAGUUAAAAUAUGGUAUUUACCGCGAAAGAAAGGCAUUUUCAGUAAACCGGAUGAUAUUUUAACCGCUGCAGAGAAAUAUAUAGCAGAAAAUGGACCUGAAGAGUUCCAAAGGCUUAUAAGUAGGGCUGAUAGAGAAGCAAGAUCACGGAGGGGAGGUUAUACUAUUGUUGAUGAUAAUUAUGGGUAUUGA